AUGUCCAACCAGAAAAAAAGGUCCCCGGCCGCGCUUCAUUUCAGUCCCCGUCGGAAAAAAGCAAAAUCGGCCACUUUCAAUUCCCGAGUCCUCUCCUUUCUCUUCUCCUCCAAAAGUUCAGAAGUCAGCGUCGAGAAAAGGCAAAUCGGCGACUUUCAUCUCCUGACUCCUCUCCUUUCUCUUCUCCUCCAAGAAGUUCAAAAGGUUUUCUUUUCUUUCCUGGAUACAGUAGCAACCAAACAAUCAGUGGAAGUGAUGGCGUGUGAGAGCCAAGAGUGUUAUAAUACCAACGCAUGUUCCUCAACUCCACCACCGACACCACUCUCUGCUUAUCCAUCUCCUCAAUGGAACCCAAAAGAAUGUGAUCAAUGCUUUCUAUGCAAAAGGUUUGGCCACUGGGCCAAAGAUUGCCCCAACAAAAGCCCCCAAAAAUCAGAGUCCUCGAGCCCUGGAUCGUCCUCCUCGCCUUCAGUUCCAAAAGAAUGUGAUCGAUGCUUUCUAUGCAAAAGGUUUGGCCACUGGGCCAAAGAUUGCCCCAACAAAAACCCCAAAAAAUCAGAGUCCUCAAGCCCAGGAUCGUCCUCCUCGCCUUCAGUGCAUGUUCCUGAUUUGCCAAUGGUUCGUUGCCCUUGUGGUCAGGGUAUAUGUAAAGUUAUCACUUCCCGCACUGAUAAAAAUCCUGGGAGAAAGUUUUAUGCCUGUCCUGUUGAUAAAGCAAAAUCGGGUAAGUGCGAAUUCUUCAAAUGGACUGACGUAAUUGCUGCUAGAUUUAAACCUCCUACGUGUCCAUGUGGUGUUGGGAGAUGUAGUUUAAAUAUUGUAUCAAGUGGUCCAGACAGAGACCGAUGGUAUUUUGCUUGCCGGAUUAAGAAGAAUCAUGGAGCUUGUCAGUUUUUCCAGUGGGCGGAUUCUGAAGUGAAUAGCAUGCUGAUUAUGCGUGUAGAUGAGAGCAAGGGGCACUCUUCCCCUCGGUCAUUGUUUACCGAUCAUCAAGUCCUUGUGAACAAUGAACCACGCAAGGAAGACGAUCAGAGUUCUGAUAUUAAGUUGGAGUCGGCAAUAUUUGAGAGUUUUGACAAUUUUCCUAAUUCAUCCUUGGCUUCACCUUUCAGAAAAGAUGAAAUCCCUGUUACGGACAUGGUCUUGCAGGACUCUGAGUCUUGGGAUCUUGUUGCAGGGACAUCACUUCAACUUCCCCCACUGAUACCCAAGUCUGAGAUUCUUUGCCAAGAAUCAGAGUUCUCUUUGCAAAUUUCUGCUGCAGGGCAAACAACACGUGAAGGUUCUACUCCUUCUUUUGAUCCUGUUAUAGAAGAUUUGGGUGAUAUUGAAGGCCCAACUCUCUUAUCAGACAGGUCUUCGAAUGAUGAAGAAAGUGUUAUACCACAUGAUCCAUUGCCACAAUCUCCUGGAAAGGAUGUUGAGCAUCCAAACAGUGUUUUUCAGGAGCCUUCGGGGAUUAAAAUUGUGGUGCAGAAAAAUGAUAUUUCAAAGUCAGCCUUGAAAACAUUUGGGCAAGGUUUGCUCGACACUCUGCAGUCUAUGGAUCAGACUCAGCAUGAAAGAAUGUUGAAGGUGGCAGAAGCCAUUUUCGAUGCCUUGCGCCAUCUCUCAAUCGACAAUGCAUCUUUUUCCAAGGCUGUGAUGGAAUACAUUCAUUGCAAAUCAAAACUUUCUGGAAUUGAGGAGUCUAUGGGCGAAGCUUUUUCUUCAGAACAAUUCCUUGGCCAUUACAAUGAGAAGAAAACUCAGUUUGACAACAUCUCCCAGCUUCAUGCGGAGGCAGUAUCUGCUUAUGAAGCUUCAGAAAAUCGCCUCCAAUCACUUCGUGGAGAAGUUUCACGUGUAAAAGAUGUGCUGCUUCAACUGGAGAAACAAUUGCCUUUCUGCGAGGCUGAGAUUUUGAGGUGCGAGUCUCAUUUUGUUGAAAUUUCUAAAGAUAAGUCAGAAUCGGAGAGAAACUUGGAUGCUGCAUGUGAGAAAAUGGAAGAAGCUUUGAAACUUGAACAUGAGAGGGAUUCAAUGGUAGAUGCAGCAAAUGCAGCAUUAGAAAAUGCAAGGGUUCAGCUUCUUCACUGA